UGUGUAUUUUGUUAGCGAGUGCCGUUUUCCAUCGAAAGUUAUUUUCCCAAAUGCAAUAUACCGUACAAUUUCUGCAAUUGUUUGUGAGCGAGAGAAAAGAGUGUGUGUCGGCCAUGUUUUUCCAUAUACUUGUUACAACCGGGAAAAUCAUCUCUCGUGCUCGCUCAUCGGUCGUGUAGCCUAGGAGGACAUUAGUUUGCCCCACCUUUUUUAUUUCACACUCAUCUCAUCUCACAAUUCAUCAACAUUUUCGUUUCGCGACAUUUCUCAACAAUACGCGAUACGAAAUUUGAGAAGUCAAUAAAAAAAAGCCAACAAAACAAAACAUUAAAUUGUUUAUAGUGUUUAUAACGUGAAAUGUAUACAGAGAAUCUGAAAAAAAACAAAAAGAAGCCUUAAGUUCUAAUGAGUGAUAAAAAAAUUAUUGUUUCGGAUCGAAUUAUUAUUUUUUUCUGUUCUUGAUCGGAUCAAGUAAAUAAUAAACAAUAAAAAAGGGAGAGAGGAAAUAACGCGAUGACGACGAAAGAAGCAGCGGCAAAUGCAUUUAAUAAGCGAGAGUAUUUAAACAUAUAUGAUAAGUGCAUUUUUCUAUUAUCAGGGAAGGAUUAAAACAAACAGCAGUAAACACAUAUUCACCGACCAACUGAGUGCAAUAGCUAAACAAGAUUGGUAGUGGCGAUUCCGUGCAAGUGUAUGAACUUUUAAUGAAAAACCUUUUUAAAAAAACACGAAAGAUAAAGAAAGAGAGAGAGCGAAAAAUUCUUCUAAAUUAAAAGCAAAUGUUUCAGAAAGAAUGAGCAAGAGAAAACGAAAAUUUGAAUCAUUUGCCUGAAGACAUUGGAGCAUCAAUGAACGGAAAUCGGUGUUUUUGACUAUUCCCCCGUACAUAGACGAUAUUUUUUUUAAAUGAAUAACAACCAUUACAUGAGCAAUAUACAUCAUUUACAUCCUGGAACACAAAAUACCCCCGAUUUUAUAGUUAUUCGUUUACAAUCGGUCGCUGCAUUUAGUCAUUGCGCAGCGAAAGUGGUCUAAUCAUCGAAAAUUAUUGAAACCAAAAUAAAAACAACAACAUACAAUAAAAAUCAAAAAGAAAAUUCAAGAAAAAAAUUUAAAUACAAUAAUCAAAGCAUCACACCAUGGCUGACGACGACAUUCUUUUUGACGAUGUUUACGAAUUAUACGAAGUGAUUGGAAGAGGUCCGUUUUCAAUAGUUCGAAGAUGCAUACAUCGAGAAUCAAAAAUGCAAUUUGCUGUGAAAAUCGUAGACGUUGCCAAAUUCACUGCAAGUCCCGGUCUCAGCACAUCUGAUUUGAAACGAGAAGCAACGAUAUGUCAUAUGCUUAAGCAUCCGCACAUAGUUGAGCUUUUAGAAACGUAUAGUUCGGAGGGAAUGUUAUACAUGGUAUUUGAAUAUAUGGAGGGAUCGGAUAUAUGCUUUGAAGUGGUGAGGAGAGCAGUUGCUGGAUUUAUUUAUAGUGAAGCAGUUGCAUGCCAUUACAUGAGACAAAUAUUAGAAGCAUUACGAUAUUGCCAUGAAAAUGAUAUUCUGCAUCGAGAUGUGCGGCCCGCAUGCUGUCUACUAGCAUCCAUUGACAAUUCGGCUCCAGUUAAAUUGGGCGGUUUUGGUGUGGCCAUUCAGCUGCCAAAUGGUCGAGACGGUAUUGAAACGCAAGGUCGAAUUGGUUGCCCGCAAUAUCAAGCACCCGAAGUUAUAUCGAGAGGAUAUUAUGGUAAAGGAUGUGACAUUUGGGGUGCUGGUGUUUUAUUACAUGUUUUGUUAUCGGGACGAUUACCAUUUUUGGGCUCGGGUAGGCGCUUACGUGAGGUCAUCAGUAGCGGUCGCAUUGCGCUGGAAGCGCCUGAAUGGAAAUCAAUAUCAUCCAAUGCCAAAGAUUUAGUAUUAAAAAUGCUUGCUCCAAAUUUGCACAAUAGGUUAACAAUAGAAGAGGUUUUAAAUCAUCCUUGGAUGCGAGAUCGUGAAAAAAUACCAAAGCAACAUUUAGCUGAUACAGUAGAGGAAUUAAAACGUUUUAAUGCUCGAAGGAAACUGAAGGGUGCCGUUCAAGCAAUAGCCGGUGGUUUGGCUAAUGAUCCACUGUGUUGUACCGAUACUGAUUCAGUUACAAUUGGAGUGGCAUCAGAAACAUUGAAUGAUUGGGCCGAUGAAGAAGCUGGUUUAGAGGCUGUUCAAAGAGUGCUUGAUUCACUGGAUGAUAUUCAUGCACUACAAGAUGAAUUUCUCGACGAAGAUGUUCUCAGAGACAUGCUCAUGGAUAAUAGACUGUGUGUUUUGUUACAGUUAUACGAUACAAUAAGUUCGAUUGAAAUGCCACAGGGACGUGUACCGCCCGGCGAUGGUGUGGCGCGUUGUCGUGAUGCGAUUGAAGCUAUUAUAUCGGCACCAGGGCACAAGUACAAUUGUGAGAAAAACGAAUUGUUGCAGUUGCUGUCACAAUCACAUAUUCAGGCAUUGCUUCACACACACGAUGUUGUUGCCAAAGAAGUGUAUGGUGACGAAGCGCUUCGUGUAACACCGCCUCCAAUACCCAGUUAUAUCAAUGGCGACGACAGUGACAGCGUUGAGAAUGGAGAAAUCACACAGCACGUCACACGCGUUCGACUUGUUCAAUUUCAAAAAAAUACGGACGAACCAAUGGGCAUCACUCUAAAGAUGACGGAAGAUUCACGAUGCAUUGUGGCACGAAUCAUGCAUGGCGGCAUGAUUCAUCGCCAGGCUACGCUGCAUGUUGGUGACGAAAUUCGUGAAAUCAAUGGCCAAUCGGUACAACACCAAUCAGUUAGUCAACUGCAACGAAUGCUGCGAGAUGCUCGCGGUUCUGUAACCUUUAAAAUAGUUCCAUCAUACCGAAGUGCUCCGCCACCAUGUGAGCUUUUCAGGAUUAAACCGACACCUGUAUUAAUUUUCGUUCGAGCACAAUUCGACUAUGAUCCGCUGGACGAUGAACUGAUCCCAUGUGCUCAAGCUGGAAUUGCUUUUCGCACUGGUGACAUUUUACAAAUUAUUAGCAAAGAUGAUCAUCAUUGGUGGCAAGCACGGCAUGAUACGAUUGGAGGUUCAGCUGGAUUGAUACCAUCACCGGAAUUACAGGAAUGGCGCAUUGCAUGUCAAACAAUCGAUAAACGACAGGAACAAGGAGAGUCUGGACCAGGCUGUUCCGCUCACGCGGAAGGAUGUGACGGCUCGACAGUCAACUGCUCAAUUUUCGGCCGAAAGAAGAAACAAACUCGAGACAAAUAUUUAGCGAAACAUAAUGCAGUAUUCGAUCAACUCGAUCUGGUUACGUAUGAGGAAGUGGUCAAAAUUCCACUCGGUGAUCCAGCAUUUCAACGAAAGACCCUUGUUUUACUUGGAGCGCAUGGUGUUGGGCGACGUCAUAUCAAGAAUACACUGAUUGCAAAGUAUCCUGACAAAUACGCUUAUCCAAUUCCACAUACAACUCGAGCACCACGUCAAGAUGAAGAAAACGGACGCAGCUACUAUUUUGUAUCGCAUGACGAGAUGAUGGCUGACAUUGCCGCCAAUGAAUAUUUGGAAUACGGCACUCACGAAGAUGCGAUGUAUGGCACAAAAUUAGAUACAAUUCGUCGCAUUCACAACGAGGGAAAAAUGGCCAUAUUAGAUGUUGAACCACAGGCAUUGAAAAUUCUGCGCACAUCUGAAUUCACACCGUAUGUCGUGUUUAUUGCAGCGCCUUCAUUGAAUAACAUCGCUGACUAUGACGGAAGUCUCGAGCGAUUAGCAAAAGAAUCGGAUAUGUUAAAACAGGCGUACGGUCAUUUCUUUGAUUUAACCAUUGUGAAUAAUGACAUUGGGGAAACGAUUUCGGCACUUGAAUCAGCCAUUGAAAAAGUUCAUUCAACACCACAAUGGAUACCGGUUUCAUGGCUCUACUGACAAGAUGAAGAACUUGAAUUAGCUGAAUCAUGCGAUGAAUGCAUGGACGAUGAGUGCGAUUGCGAAUAUUGUGAUAUAAACGAGUCAAAUUACGAAAUGAAAUGAGAGCAAAUCAAUAAAAAAAAUAGAUGAAAAACAAAAAACUAAACAAAAAAUAUUAAA